AUGCAGUUUAAUCAAGUCUCAUCGCUGCCGAACAACUCUGUUGCGAUGCUUUUAAAUCCAGAUCAACCUGCCAUGACACAUUCCGACCAGCCAAGUAAAACCGAAAAUGAAGUUCAAAGUAAUCCUGCUAAGCCAUUGAUGGAUGAUAAAAAGAUAAGCACAGAAAGUGCUUUGGCUUCUGUUAUGACAGAACCGCAGCCAUCAAAAAUUGGUCAAGGGAAAGAAAAAAUGGCACCAUCAUCUCAUAAGAGCCACAAUAAUACUUCACCACAUUCGAAUGGACAAAAUCAAAGCAUUUAUAUAUAUACUCAACAUAAAACAAGGCUGAAUGCUCCAUUUGAUCUUUCUCAUGUUCACUGCCAAAAAAUAAUCCAUGAUACAAGAAUUGCAAGUGAGGGAACAAUCAAAGGAAUAAAAUAUACUGUCCAAGAGGGAUCUAUUCCAACUGUAGUAAUCGAUAGAAGUGAUAACUAUCCCACACCUUAUGAACUUUACGCAAUAAUGGAACCGCUGGGGAAACAGUUUGGUGCUGUAAAAAUUGACUUCAGGAAUUGCGAUGAUCCACUCUUUGCUUCAUUUGGUAUAGAUACAGAAAACUUCUGGUUCAAACCUAGAAAGCAACAUAGUAAUUCUUAUAACAUCGAAUUACAAAAACGUGUAAAACUUCAUCACGAUCUCUACAGAUUUCACAAACUCAAAAAGGAUCCAAAAAGAAACUCUACGCUUGGUAAAAUCCCAAGCAUUGAUAAAAGAACGUUAGACCUACACAGACUACGUUCUUGUGUCCAAUCACGAGGAGGAUUUGAAAAUGUAUGUCAGAAGAAACUCUGGGCACAAAUAGGCAGAGAACUAGGAUAUUCGGGUAGGAUAAUGAGCUCUUUAUCAACUUCUUUGAGAUCUGCAUAUAUCAAAAUGUUUUCUGACUUUGAUAAACAAGAAGAAAGUUCACAACUUUCUUUAGAUACCACAACCAGCCCUGCAGAUAGUAUAAAAAUACCACAAGAAAAAUUUUACACUACAGGAAAGAGAGAUACAGACUAUGCGCAGAUUAAGGACCGAGAUGCAAGUACAAGUGACCAACAUCUUAUAAAACGCCAAUGUACAGAGAAAAUUCUAAAUUUUGAACUAGGCGGAUCUGGUAAAGAGUACUUUAGAAUGCGUGAUAUACUAGAUGCAAAGGGGUUCUCUACACGUUACGGAUCAGUUGUGGAACCAAAGAUAGGAAUAACUGAACCUAACGAUUCUACUUACCCAGACUAUAACUUCAACUUGUGGAAUAGAGAAUCUGAAAUAUAUGAUAACUCUCUCUACGAAUGGAGAAGUUCACCAAUUUAUAACUUAAAACAAUAUUUUGAGAAAUCGCAGCGUCACCGUGAGAUGAUUCAAGAGUCACUUCAGGAUCUGUACCCUUCUCUUUCCUCUUAUGGUGACGCAAUGUCCAUUGAAGACUUCGAAAGAUUGUAUCAAACUAUCAUCCAAGAAGAAUCGUUAUCUUUUGAUAUUGAAACAGGUCUAGAUCUGCCCACAAUUGUGCAUGGUUCUGGAUUUGUCAACUUUGCAGCACCGACAUCCAACACCAAACCGCGAACUCCUCAUCCAUGGGACUUGAAUACCAUCAAUCUAUGCAAAGAAUCCAUACUACAAUAUUUAGAUAUUGACUAUGGAAAUUUAUGUUCGAGUAAGAUAGAUAUUGGUAUGCUAUUCUCCACUUCAGGUUGGGCUGUUGAAGAUGGACUUCUACCCGUUUUGGAUUACUCACAUGUAGGUUCCUCAAAAGUGUGGUAUUUUGUUCCUCCACAGUACAAAAACCGCAUGGAAUCACUUUUUGAAGAUAUAAAGCAAAAGAUACCUAAAAAUGACGUUGAGAAAUAUGAAGCGGACUUCAUUGAAUCAGACUUUUUCCAGAGUUUCCAAGCUACCAAUUUACUUGAUCAGAAUAAAACUUCGAGGAAAAGAACGAUUAAUAAUUCAUUACUGGAUAUUGUAGGCAUCAAACCCGAUAUUCAAAAUCCUCAUAAUGAUAUCCAGGUGCCGACGUCCAACCUAUCAUCAGCAGGUAUACGAUAUUUUAAAGUAGUUCAGGAACCAAAGACCUUCAUAAUGAAAUAUCCGCAAGUGUAUUCUACUACAAUACAUUCUGGAUUUCAAAUCAGUGAAAAAUCACUAUUUGCACCAAAAGAAUGGUUGAAUAGCUUGGAGGCAGUAGAGUCUUGGAGGUCUCAUAAUCAUUUAUUACCUUCAGUAUUACCUUUUCAAUUAUUGGUGAAUAUAUCUGAAAAUUCUUCAGAUAACGAGCUUAUAAGAACUAUUCAGCCCUUAUUGAUUAAAUCAAUUAAGGAAGAGCUACAGCUACGAAACAAAAUUGAAAAAAAUAUACCUCAUGUGAUCAAUAAGUUUGAUUUCAUUUCCGAUAUUGAUCUUUCUCCGACUGGGGCGUCAAAAAUGGUUAUAUCGAAUGAAUCAAACUCGAUAUCAAUUUCAAUUACCCAGUAUCUCGAGUUGGAAUCAAAAUUUACCGAAUUACAGGGGUUAAAUAUUGAACUGCAUGAAUAUUACACAGAGUCGUUUUUGACCGAUUUAUUGAUUAAAUUACAAAAUGAUCCAACGAAUAGAGAAAACUCUAUUCCUUACGAAACUACUUCACUACUUGAUAUGAUAAACAAUCUAAAAUGUUCCCAAGGAAGCGGUCCUAAAAUAUCUAUCAACGAUUUAUCUAACCUUUUGAUAAGCAUACCUGACGAAAAUUUGGAUGAAAAGUGUAUCAUUAAGGAGUUUAUUAACGAAGCUCAAAUGGUUACCAGAGGCUGCAAAAGCAUCAUUGAACGAACUAGAGUACCAAAAAUAACAAAAAUUUCUCAUGACGCUGGGUUUAUGACGAAAAGAAUUUUACCACCAGAGUUUGAUGUUGGCCUCGAAGACCUUGAUAAUUUAUUACAGAAAAUACGUGAAUUACCAGUUAGCAUUGAUUACUCAAAUGACAUUGAUAGAAUUGUAAAUUCAUUCGCUCAGUUUCAAAAGGAUGCCGCUCUCUAUAGGCGUUCUAACCAGAUAGAAAUAUUAGAGAAGAUAUACACCAAAGGAUUAAGCUUGGGAAUAAAUUCAAAAUACCUCCAAAUAUAUGCAGAGAGAAUUUCUCAGUUACAAUGGCUUAAAGUUUACGAUAUGAUCUUUGGAAAUGAUAAAAGAGGAAUAGCAAUAAAUGAUAUAUCAACUUUCCAAGCUCAUGAUGUGUUUUCAUUCUUGUCCCUCGGUGUGGACUUAUUUGGUGAUGAUGAAAUUGACAAGUUGGAAAAUAUAGCAAAGGAAAUUGCCAAAUUACAAUGGAUCACGAACACUGUUCAAAAACUUCUUAUAGAUAAAAGUCAUAGAAUCAAGUCAUCUACUUUGCAGGAAUUAGUCAACACAUCGAAUAGUGUUCGUAUCCCAUUAUCUUCAAAGCUUCUAGAUCAACUAAGUGAAAUUAACAAGACUAUCGGUGCAGCUCGAAAUAUUCUUCUACCUAUGCACCAAAAACUUUCAAUUAACGAUCAAUGGGUAUCGGAAUUCCAGUCUGCGGUUAGAAAUAGAACCACAGAGCAGUCCCAGGUGGUGAACAGAUUCAAUGGAUCAGCAAACGACUUACGUUUGACGCAAGCGGACGCAUUGCAAAAUCUUGAACCACCUCUAUAUUCUAAGCAUAUAAAGGCGACAAAAGCUUGGCAACAUGAUUUCAACAGUGUCUUUAAUGGCGUUAGCCAGAGCCUACAGGCAGUAAUGGACCGCGUGAAACGAUGCUGGAGCCCUCUAGAUAAAUUUGAUAAUCCGGAAGAAACUAGGCGUUACUGUUUCUGUCGUCAGGUGGACAACGGAGAUGUCAUGGUGGAAUGCGAGAUAUGCAACGAAUGGUACGACUUCUCUUGUAUCAAUCAAGGGAAAUGGGUUUUGCCCGAAGAUGAUAGUACAGUGUUUUGCUGCGAAAUAUGCUUACACAGGCCAUUAGAGAAGAAUUCCCAGGGCCCAACUUUUGACCAGAUUCAACGCUUGAUUAUCGAAUCUGCAAAGAUAAAGAUCGUUCCAGAUAAAACAAUUAUUUCCAACCUCUUUGACCUAUACAAAUUGUGCUGUAACUAUAGAAAUGCGGUGGAGCAGAUUUUACUAGAACAACACAACUGUAAACUCAUUAAAUUCUACUUACGUAAGAUCAUCGGUGCUGGUAUCUCAAUGCCUGAGCUAUGCAACAAGUUACUGGAUUCGUGUAAGUCUCAAGAUGAAACUAAAAUACAGGAGAUUCUUCGCAACAAAACGAAAAUUGUCUCUGGUUAUCCGUCAGAGGAUACCUCACUUGUAAAUCAAGGACAAGAACAAAUUCAACACACUAAAGCUGAGCAUAUGUCGUUGGCGCCUUCAUCUAACAACAUUCACCCUCUUCUAGGAGAAUGA